CCUUGAGUUGAGCGCUUUCUUUCAAGUUCGUCGGAGUAUGGAGCAGGUGGAGAGUUUGUGCACCUAUGGUGGUAUCAGUGGGGAAGAGAUAAAUACAAUUGAACCUGAGUUGAUUACAAAGCUUAAUAUAGCUUUUGAUAACAUCUAUCAUGAUGCUAAAGCGGCGAAAGAGGGACUUGCGAGCUUUCAAAAAGCUCAAGAGUUGAUCUUAAUGCAGCACGCAAGUGAACAGUCUGAAUUAAAGUCGUCAUCUGAAAAGCUGGAAGCGAAGUUGAAAGAGUGCAAUGAUGCCCUAAAUGCUAUGAAUGAAAAGUUUAAUAAUGCUAAUAUGGAGAAGGAAGACUUUCGUUCGAAGCUGAAUGACUGUAUUUCCGUGAAUAAUGAACUCAAUUUCGCCAUCAGGAGUUUGGAGAACGAGAAGGAAAUUCUAAGUGAUCAAAUAAAAAGCAAACUUGGACUAAUUGAAUCUCUGAAUUCUGAGAUCAGUGAAUUGCGUUCCGAAGCUGAGAACGUACGCAAGUUGAAAAUGGAACUCAUGCUAAAGUCUGAAGAUAUUUCUGGGCGUGAAGCAUCAGUCAAAGCUCAAGAGUCACGCUGGUCAGACGAGCUGUCUAAUCUUCAACGGCACAAUGAUUGGUUGGAAGAACGCCUGCGUCAGACAACAGACCAGCUCCUAACUGUUCGUAGAGAUUCAUACCAAAAGUCCUACUCCCUUGAAUCUGAACUUGGGCUUCGUAAUACUGAAUUAGAAAACUCUAAACAAUCCGUUGAAAGGUUAGAAGAAAAUGUUCGUAAGCUGACACAGUCAAAUGAGGAAUAUGUUGUAAAGCUCAAACUGGUUACUGAUGAACAAAUUAAAAUGGAGCAGUUGUACGGCAACGAGAUUGAGGCACAAAAACAGCUUAUAAGCCUGUACAAGGAACAAGUAAAGGAUUUAGAAGAAAAAAAUGAAGAACUAAGUAAUGCUGCAACAUCUAUGCAGAGGCUUUUAAAGGAUGCAUAUGAGAAUGUUUCUAGGUUAGAGGCCGAAAAGUCUUCGUUAAGAACACAAUACAAUGAAGUUAACGCCAAACUCCAAGCAACCACUGAGCAUCUAUCUUCUGAACUAGAGCGAAGCCAGAACCUUUUGGAUAAGUUCCGAGUUGAUGGUCUAUCCGAGGAAGAAUUACGCCAAUUAAAUCCAUCUGUGGCUGCUACGCUUAGCGCUUUAAAACGUGGACACAGUUUGACCCAGCUGUAUUCAGAUUAUGUUCAGGUUGUCGAAGACAGAGACCAACUGAAGCUUGACAAACAGCGGUUAACAGAAUAUGUGGAGCAAAUGGUUGACGAGCUCAAAGAAAAAGCUCCUCUUCUUCGUAGUCAACAAGAAGAUUAUCGAAAGGUACAGGCUGAGCUGAAAGAACUUACUGCUAAUUUCCAGUGUACAUCAAGAAAAUUAGAGGAAGUGCAGUCACAGAAGCGAGAAAGUGAGCGUCGUGCUGGAUUUUACCAGAGAGAAACAACUAGACUAAAACAGACAUGUUCAGACCUAUCUAAGCAGGUAAAAUCUCUUCUCUAUGAAGUCGAAGUGUGUAAAGGAACUGUGAUACGUGAAGAAGACAAUUCACAUGCAAACACAGGUACACGACAUACUUCAGAAUCAUCUGACCAUCAACAGGUUCCUGAUAGCUCAAUGGAUAUUAGUAGUGUUUCGAAUAUGCUUGAGAAUAUGGCCUCUGCCGCUACUGUUAUUGACGAGCAUCUUGUCACAUGGAGAAAUUUAGAGGAACUGCAGUCUCAAAAUCAACGACUUCUUUGUGUUGCCCGGGAUUUGGCUAGUCAGUUGGAGAAACACGAACAAGAAGAUUUAAAUACAAAUAAGCGUAUAUCUGAGUUAUCUUCUCGCAUCGAAACGUUAUCUGGAGAACUAGAUGUAGUGCGACUAGCUGCUCGUGAAGCACGAACAGAAGCUAAUAUGUUUGCACAGCAGCGUGAUCAAUAUCGUACAUUGCUGAAAAAGUAUGACAUUGAUGUACGGGAUAAAGAGGAAAUCAGCUCCACACAAAGUCAGGAGUCAUCGUUCGAUGAUGUUGAUCAAUUAAGUCAACCUUUGGUUGACGCCAAGGCUACAGAUAAAAGUCCAUCUUCUAAUAAUGCAUCGGCUGCCGUAAUAGAGAGACUAGAAAGUACCUUGAGUUCAUUGCAAGCAGAAUUUACACGCUAUCGUGAAGACAAGUUGGAGUCAGAUAGUGUAUAUACUACAACCAUUGAUAAUUUACGAAAAGAAUAUAAUGAAGCCAGAUUGCUAAAUCAAAAGCUAAGUUCACAGCUUGAUUUCACGCAUGAGAAACUGCGUGCAUCAGAAGCUAAUGUUUCAGGAUAUAAACAAGAGAUCACAAUCCUUAGGGAAAUGAAUGCUCGUUAUUCAACUUCAGCUGCGGCUAGUGAAGCAGAAUUAUCGAGACUCAGAGACGAACUAACCCAUACAUCUGAUCGUCUCACAACAGCGGAAGUGGAUGCAAGGCAUUUCUCAAGGCAGUUGGAGGCAGUAAGAGCUAACGAAUCUCGACUUAGACAGGAAAUUGAUUCAUUACGUCGCAAUGACCAAGUUCAUUCCCAGCUCAUGUAUCAGCUUCAAGCUAUUCAGGGAAGUCUUGAACAGAGAGAAUCAAUGGAUCGCUCAUCAAGUGAACGUAAGAUCGAGCAGCUGGAGAAACAACUCGCCGCAGCUAAUUCAGCUAUAGUAGACGCGUCUAAAGCAGCCAAGCUUGCACAGGAGACUCUACAGCAUGAAUUGGAACUUUCUCGUGAGAGUGUAAACUCUAGUAAUCGUGAAAUUGAACAACUGAAUUCUCGAAUUCGGGACUUGGAAGAAAAAUUGGCGUCUGCUCAGUCUUCUAUUGGUGAUUCCACAGAAUCAGAGAUGUCUGAAUCGAUCGCUGAGUGUUCAAAGAAAGCUCAAUCACGCGUACGAGAAUUGGAGCAUGAAAUUGAAAGUCUUAAAUCCAAUUUAGAAUCAUCUCGUCAACAGUCUGAUCGCAUGAAAGAACUAGCUGAACAAGCCGAGCAACGUCUUAAUGAAAUUGUUGAGGAAAACAAACAAAUGGAAGAUCAUUUCUCUCGUGAUAUGACUGAAACCAAACAGCGUUGUGAAUUCUUGGAGGCACAACUAGAUUUGGAAAAGAAAGAACGUCAAAACCUGGUGAAUGAAAAUAUACGCACAACAGAGGAGGCUCAUAAAUUGAAUGCAGAUUUACGUCGCGAACUUUCUACUUUGCAAAAUGAAUUAGAGAGUCUAAAAGCACGUUGUGAAUCCGCCUUACAAGUAGAAGCUGGUGCAAAGUCUGAAAUAGAAUCUCAUCAGAUAGCUGCUCAGGAAGCUCGUGAUAAAUAUGAACGUGAAUUAUCCCUACACGCACAAGAUGUGGAGCUAUUGACAGCAGCACGUGCACAAUUAGACUCGGUUAAAAUGCAUGCCAAUGAAUUACAACGAGAAUUAAAUGAGAUUAAAUCAACAGCAGAAACUGCAGUGGUUGAAUUAAAAAGUCAAAUGGAAUUAUGGGAGAAAGAGAAACAAGAAUUAAACCAACAGUUGAAACAAAGUCAAGAAGAACAGAAUUUAUUACAAGAUCAACUUAUCCAGAUCACUCAGCAAACAGUCUCAUUGAGAAAAACCUUAGAUAAAUCGAACACUGCAGCCGAAGGGGAAACAAGUUCCACUAAAGAUAGCGAUGCAGUUAAUUCAGAUUUACAAACGUCAGAGGAGUUAUUGCAAGUUAUUGGCUACCUCAGGCGUCAGAAAAAUAUAAUAAAUGCUGCCCAUGAAGCUGCCAGUGCCGAAGUCUCCCGAUUAUUACUGAGAGUUUCUAGUUUGGAGUCACAAAAAGAACAGCUGCAAACUCAAUUGAAUAACGAACGAAAGGCAGCAGAAUUGGCUCUGGAGACCUCCCGCAAACACUCUGAAGUUAUGGAACGUGUUGAACAACUUAAUUUAGUUACUGAGUCCAACCGAUUGCUUAGACAUGAAAGAGAAAUUUUACGUUCAAAAUUGUCUGAGGCAGAAGAUCAGCUCGCUAAGUUAAAUAAGGAAAUUGAUCCUUUGAAACAGUCAAACAGUGAUUUAAUCGCACAGAAAGAUAUUUUAAUCUCCGAUAAAAGAUCACUAGAGGAAGAACGCGAUCGCUGGAAGGAACGUUGUAGCCGAUUGGUUGAAACUGCUCAACGUAUGGAUCCGGAGCAGUAUAAACUUGCAUGCAACGAACGUGAUGAAUUACAGCGGAAACUAAAUCGAGCUGAAGAAGAAGUUCAGAGUAAUGCUAACAAACUAUCUGAACUACGCAAUGAAUCAGAUGAGAAAAUACGAAGUCUGAAUACUCUCUUGGAUGAAUUGAGAAAUUCUUAUCAUCAAGCUGAACAGAAAAUCUCUGCACUAAGUGUUCAAGAAAACUUGUUAAAAGAAGAUUUAGGCGCAAAAGAAACAACAAUUAUGAAACUUCGUGAAAUUGGACGAAAGUAUCGUCAAGAAACUGAAGUUUUGCGCCGACAAGUUAAUGCUAGUAAAUCUGAUGAAGCUCAACUUCAAAGUACAAAUGAAGCGCUUACUGAGGCCAAAGCUGAUUUGGUUACCUUGAGAGCUGAUUAUUCUUCUUUGCGUACUGAACACGAGCUUUUGGAAGCUAGUGUGAGGGAAUCUUUGCAACUUUUUGACGAGAUAAAAGCCAAAGAAUCAGUCGCAAUGAUCAUGAAUUCAUACUCUGAAGUAUCAGACAGUGAAGUGGAUUCUAGCAAUUCAGACGGUCAAAGGAUGUUAAAUGAAUUUCGUCGUCUUCUUUCAGGCCUUUGCAACGAAAUCGAUCGUUUACGACAACAAUCAGAUUCACAAAAGGAACGCCUUCUUCGAACUCAGCUUAUAGAAUCUCAACUUACAAAAUCUCAAAGAGACUGUGCAGAAUUGCGUACUCGUUUAAAUGAGCUUCAGACGCUUACUGUUCAUCCUCACACUGUAUCCGUGAGUUUGCAAACGAGUGGAGCUCCAUCUCCUGCACCAUCAGCUGAAAUGGAAUCGCAAGAUGGUGUUCACACAGUGCAUCCAUUCGCCCCACGAGUUUUGUCUAUAUGUACAUCACCGUCUGCUACAACCCUCGGAAAUCAGUCAAAUAUUGAAACUUCAUCUGCUUUGUGCAACACUGAAGGCAGUAUAGAAGUCACUAGUUCUGUUGCACCUCAGUCUAUUCCUGCAUGGAGUAUGCGUGCCGCUGCCACCGUGCAACCGGUCCAACCAACGCCUACUAUUACCCCACCUAAUUCACUUGGACUAAAGCAGACUGCUGAAAUAAGACCAAUUACAAGUAAUGUAGCUGCGGUAAUGCCAACCCCAGCACCUCCAUCAGUUCCUAUGGUGGUGUCAAGUAUUCAGUCAGAAAGUGCUACAAGUAGUGGACCUUCAGGCAUCGCAAUUUGUUCACCUGUUUCAGAUACAGCAACAAGUUCUAGCUCAUCGUUAUUUACAUCUGGAGAUCAAACUGCUGCGUCACUUAUGCGAAGUACGUUCUUACGUCGGGGUAAUAUGCUUAACCAACCUCAAAACAGCAUGUUUAUUCCAGUUUCUUCUCAUCCAACAUCUUUACCAUGUUCAUCUAGUGUACCGUCAGCAGUAUGUCGUUCAACUACAGUUAGCAUAACAGGGAAGCGUCGAUUUGAGGAAGGUUCACAGAAUACUGUAGAAUCAACACCUAAUGUUAUACCAUCAGUUGAUGACAAUAUCGUUUCAACUAGUGAAGUUUCCAAAAGCAGCGAAAAUUUAUUCCUGUCUGCAUCUUGUAGUAACCAAUUUUACCUACAACAGAUACCUGUUAACUCUCUUCCUUCUGACCCUAAACGUAUCCGUCCAGCAAUGGUCAGUAGUCCCAGCUCAUCAUUUUCUUUCGCCCAAACAGGACUUAGUCCAUCCAUUCUUGGACGUUCACCUUUUGGCGUAAAUGUUACUUCUGCAGCUCCACUACACAUGGCUAUUCCUCGUUUAAUUGCUGGACAAUAUGAACCAAGCAGUUCUACAUGGGGCACACUCACAGUAGCUACCGGGGUAGCUGGCAUCAUAACUCCUGGAACAAGUGAAAUCUCGGAAAAUGUACAAUCACUAAGUGAAGUCGAUGUAGAGACAGAUCAGGCCGAAGUUACUGUUGGAGACUCUGCGGAAAAUGAAAGUGAUCAAGCUAGGAUUCCAGCAACAGAAUAUGCUGAAGGUGAAUCUGAAAAUAUAGAACCUGUUGAGUCAGCAGUCCCAACUACAGAAUACGAUUCGAACAUACCAGCAAAUCCUGCUCAUGAAGAAGAGUGUGAGUCUUCUGAUGGUGAAGAUGAAUGCUAUUCGGAGAAUGAUGCUUUUGAUGACGCUGAUGCACACGGAUCUGCAUCAGCUGAUGAUUACGUUGAAAAUACUUCUAAAGAUUCACAAGUUGACAACAAUAAUAAUAUUGAAUUCAAUUCUCUCCCAGCACCAUCAAAUUUCACUGUAGAUAAUCCAGACUUGCGUACAAGUGAUACAAUUUACAACGAAAGUCCUGUACAAGAAGAAGUAGAAGUUGAACAUGAAGGUUAUGUGGAAGAAGGUUCCAAUGACUAUGAAAGAGAGGUUGAAGCUGAUGCUGACUCAUACUCAGAAGAUGAUGAGGAAGAAGAAGAAGUAAUUGAACUUAGCAGUGGUUCUGAUGACUCUCGGCCACAGGAUCUUGACGAUGAGCAGUAUACUAAUGUUGAUGAGGAUUAUGAAGAUGAAGAAGCAGACAGGCAAACGUCAUCCAUGCAAAAUGCUGAAGUCCAUGAAAUUGACGAUGCGGAAAACGAAGGACUGAAUGAAGAUGAUGGACAGUCACAUUAUGAAGGAAAUUAUGCAGAAAAAAAUGAUCACUCUUUAUCAGUUAGCGCUCCAAAUUCUCAAGGGGUGUCGACUUCAUCGGACUCAGACAUACAGUCGACAACAUCAACCAAGGGUUUGUUUGGAGGAUCUUCUAUUCCAAGUAUUUUUGGUGGCUCUAGUUUUCCUGGAUGUUCCAGCUCAGGGUUAGGAUCAUCUGGUCUUUUUUCAGGAUUCAAACCUUCAUCUUUCACAGUUUCUUCUACUGCUGUGACUACAGAAUCCGGACAGCUAUCGAGUGGUUGUGCGGGACUUUUCAAAUCGUUUUUACCUGUUAAUACAGUUUCCAGUUCAACUACUUCACCCUUGCUUUUCAAGCCUUCCGCAUACACUUCGACGGUGGCAUCUUCCAAAGAAACUACAAACACUGCUGAUUCCGGAACAAAUCGACCUAAAAUUCAACCUAUUGUUUGGGAUUCAUUCGAUCCAUCCACCUCUCAAACCACUGUGCCGGAUAAUACAUCUACUAUUGGCCCAGCUCGAAGGAAGAAAUGGGGUCCCAUCACUUCUAUGCCAAGAACUACUAGACGCCCAAGUUUGCCCUCUACAAGAGGCAGUGUUACAGGGAGACCUGGGGCGGCACGUGGUGUUCCUCCGAGGAGGGGAUAAUUGUAAAAUACGAUGAUUGUACAUUUUAGAGUGUAAACUAAUAAAAUUUUUCCCUAUAAAUUUACUUACAUUUUCUUUAUAUAUGUAUAUAUACACCAAUAAUACAAUGUAGCUAUUAUGUAACUGAAAGGAUUAUUCAUAGUAUAAAAGAUCUGAACACAACACAUUCUUUUGUUGCACUGUUGGCUUCUUUUUUGUCACUACAGUCAUCAAAUAUCUUCUCUUUUUGGCUUUAGUUUUUAUAAACCGGCCUCCUUAAAUAUUCUUCUUAGUUCGCCGCUUUCAUGUAAACGUUUUAUUUCUGCUUCUCCUCCGAUGUGUUUGCCAUCCAAAAACAAAUGAGGUACCUGAAAAAGUAGGAUACAAUUUAUAAACUGAGUAAUAGAUUUUAUCAUACAGUAUUAUUAUUAUUUUGAUUGUGAACGACGGUUGUUGAAUCCUUCUUAUUCUGAACAUUUAUUCAAUCUAAAUACUUGCAAGUGCUGCGAAGUCCAAUGAAAUAUGUGUUUCUGAAAGGUGAUGACUGCAAUUUUCGGAAAUUCUUAUGUAAGGAUGAAUUAAAUGAAUAGAAUUGUGACAAGUUGAAG